GGGGACGUUCGGAGUGGACACAGCGGUCGCCGGUGAGUGCGGUCGUGGGAGCUAGAGGCUCUCUCUGCAGUUACGAAAUGACUUUCUUUCUGUUUCGAGUUGGAGGUCCCGCAGACCUAUUUCUUGAUCUUCUGAAAGCAGCCAGGUUGUCACUUUAUUCGAGUCGUGCUGCGACGCGCGUGUCUCUGAGAGUCUCACUCGUGUAGAUCUAGGUCCGAGCCAUCCAAGCGUCAGUGAAAUUUAUUAUUUUUUUUUAAGAAGGCAAAACUUGCUUAAUUUUAAGAUGUUGCGAUUUUAGAGUGCUGAGUUUUUGGAGUUGCUGUUUAUUAAAGACAGUGAUUUUGCAGGCCCCUGUGAUUGUCACUUGUUAAAGCAGCUGCUUUUGGUGGCUGAGAGGCCGUUAUGACGGCUGCCUACUACCUUUACGUCCUGGGAAUUCGAAGAAGAGAGACAUUUGUUGAUUUCAGAGAACGCGGUUGAUUGCACGGGAAAUUCAGUGUUCUGUAUUUUCAGGAAUGUUCACUCCUCGUUAUAGAUAUAUACCUUGACCCUUUAGAAAGAGAAAUUAAUUAAAGAACCACUUACGAGCUGGUGUUGUAGUUUAGGGGUAAAGAGCUGUUUACGUGCAUAACCAUUGUAAAAAAGCAAAACAACAACAAAACUCCAGCAAACCUUUCGGGGUGAGGGAGAGGAAAAAUGGUUUUGGCAGCCUUUUGUUUUUCUGUGUAUACUCAUAUAUUAACAUAUUAGAAAAUAGAAAUAGGUUAUAUAUCCCAUGUGAUAAAUGGUAUUUUUCAGUUUAUUUUUAUGUGUAUGGGUGUUUUGCCUGUCAUAUCUACACCAUGUGCGUGUAGUGCCCAUGGAGGCCAGAAGAUAGUCAGAUCCCCUGGAACUAGAUAGAGUUAAAAAAACAUUUGUAAGCUUCCAGGUGGUCACCGGGAAUUAAAUGUGGGACCUCUGGAAGAGCAGCCAGUGCUCAUAACUGCUGAGCCAUGUCUCCAGCCCCAUUUUUCUGGUAUUUGCAACAGUACAGAGGAAAGUUGUUGUACAGUAGAUGGCAGUAUAAUUGCUUCAAGGUCCAAAAGCUACGCACAUAAGAAUAAUGCCUACUGUAUUGAAAUGAGUUGCAGCUCAGAGCACUUAUAUUCUGUAUGCAAGGCUAUGGGUUCAAUCCCCAGUACCUUCCCUCACCAAAAGGAAAAACAACAACAACAAAAAGCAGUUUUGAUGGUGCUGCCUGCUUAUAUCUGAAAUUAAACUUCAGCAGAGAAUCUUGAGUGCCGAAGCUGCUUUGAGAGACACAUCUAUGACUUGAGCAGAUCCAAACCAAAAUAUAAAGUCCUUGUCUUCUGGCACUGUCCCGUGUACAGAGUGGAGACAGCCACUAAAUGGUAAACCAGCAAAGUACAAUAGAACACGAGUACUCAAGUAAGGCAAGGUGCAGAAGUGCUGGCAGGGCUGUGGCUGCGAAUGUUAAGCUGUUUGGUGGAGGUAGUCCUCAUUCAGGACUGAAACAGCGUGAUCCAGGUAGACCUGUUGACAAGAGAAGGUUUGAGCCAAAAUAGGGAGAAGACCUCCAGCUUCAACUAGGUGUUGAACCCAGAAACUCAUGCAUGCCAGGUUCCCACUAUGUAGCCCUGGCUGGAAUGCUGUCCGCUCUGAUCACCAUUGGUGUUCCCCAUCCCUGAUCUCCUGGUGGAGCCUCUGAAGAGAGAAUUCCCACCCCCAUGGCUGGGGUUCUGCGCUCCGCGUUCCCGAGGCCUCCAUGCAGACUGCAGACUGUGAAGAAAGGUGCAGAAUCUCUCAUUGGUACAGAAUGGAUUCGUCACAAAUUUACCAAAUCAAGAAUUCCAGAUAAAGUGUUUCAGCCUAAACCUGAAGAUCAUGAAAAGUAUGGUGGGGACCCCCAGAACCCUCACAAACUGCACAUUGUCACAAGAAUAAGAAGUACAAAGAGGCGUCCAUACUGGGAAAAAGAUACCAUCAAGAUGCUUGGACUACAGAAGGCACACAGCCCUCAAAUUCACAAGAACAUCCCAUCGGUGAAUGCAAAGCUGAAAGUGGUUAAACACUUGAUACGCAUCCAGCCUCUGAAGCUGCCACAGGGACUUCCCACAGAAGAGACCAUGUCCAGCACAUGCCUCAAGAGCACUGGGGAGUUGGUCGUGCAGUGGCAUCUGAAGCCUGUGGAGCAGGAAGCGAAGUCCUGACGCCACACAGCUUCAGCUCACAGAUGCACUUACUAAGGAAACCGUUCUCAUUAAAGUGUAUGUUCAUCCAGUCA